AAAAGACCAACGCAAGCACCAGGCUAGCGAUUUUUCAAUCCGCUGCGAGCAUCGAGACCAUCCAAUCAACACAAUCUAAAGACCACUACCAUCUUAACUACCAAGAAAACUGUGGAAAUCCACCAUGCCCAAGCUCGAAGAGUGGGAGAUUAAGAAGUACUGGCAGAUCUUCAGCGGUCUCAAGCCGGUCAACAACAAACUGAGCGGCGACAAGGUUUCUGUCGUGUUCAAAAACUCACGGCUCGAUCAGGCGCAGCUUGAAAAAGUGUGGGACCUGUCCGACAUCGAUGUGGACGGCCAGCUGGACUUUGAGGAGUUUUGCAUAGCCAUGCGGCUCAUCUUCGACCUUGUCAACGGCAACACGUCGGAGCUGCCUAGAUCACUACCCGACUGGUUGAUUCCGGGCUCGAAGCAACAUCUGGUGCAGGCCAACAGGGCGGUGGCGGGAAACAGCCCCGGUUUCGACACCGACACCGACGAGGAGCUCAUGCUGAGUUCAGACUUCGACUGGUACAUCUCGCCGUCCGAUAAAUCCAGGUAUGAGGACAUAUACGCGUCGUCUGCGGACAGAUUUGGAAGAAUUACGUUCCAGUCGCUUUCGGAACUGUACAAGACGCUCAACGGCGUUCCGGAAACAGAUAUCUCGUUUGCGUGGAAUUUGGUGAACCCUAAGCAAUCGGAAACGAUCGACAAGGACCAGUGUCUGGUUUUUCUGCAUAUCCUGAGCCAGAGGUCCAGCGGCAAGAGAGUUCCAAAGUCGGUGCCUCCGUCGCUGAGAGCUACGUUCAACAGAGAGACACCGAGCUACGAUGUGAACGAUUACCAGGCAGAGGAGCGGAAAAGGCCCAGCAGCACGAAACAGGCUUUUGGCGAGAGCUAUUUGAGCAAAAUCACCGGUUCUUCCAAGAUCCCCACCAACAAGACAGACUUCAGCGCCACAGACGGAACCGACUGGGAGGAAGUGAAGCUGAGACUCGACGACAAGCUGAGUCUGGCCAAAUACGAGUUUGAAAAUCUACUCAAGUACAAGGAGCAGCAGGUGGCCGAGCUGGGAACAGGAAGCGACCUGCAGUCGAUCCGGACCAACAUUGAGGUCGUGCAGAGUCAGGUGAGCCAGCUGGAGUCGUUUCUGGAGCAGAAACGGACCGAGCUGGGCGGGCUUCAGCGGGAGAUCGAGGCCCUGAGAUAA